UUUAAUUUGAGGUAUCUCUUUGUUUUAGUUUUGCCAAACAUUUGGAGCACUGAUGGUGAACUUACUAUUCCAGAGCAAAAGCAAGUAGAAAACAAUGAGGAACUAGCCAGCUCUUACGAAAGAAAAUUGAUUGAGGUGGCUGAAAUGCAUGGGGAAUUGAUUGAGUUUAAUGAGAGGCUGCACCGUGCUCUAAUGGCUAAAGAAGCUCUUGUGUCCCAGAUGAGACAGGAGCUAAUUGAUUUGAGAGGGCCAGUCCCUGGAGAUCUGAGUCAAACAUCUGAAGAUCAGAGUCUGUCAGACUUUGAAAUAUCAAAUCGAGCUCUUAUUAAUGUUUGGAUUCCCUCAGUCUUUCUGCGUGGAAAAGCUGCUAACGCAUUCCAUGUUUAUCAAGUUUAUAUAAGAAUAAAGGAUGAUGAAUGGAAUGUUUAUCGAAGAUAUGCAGAGUUCAGAAGCUUGCAUCAUAAAUUACAGAGUAAAUACCACCAAGUGAGGACUUUUAACUUUCCACCAAAAAAAGCUAUUGGAAAUAAGAAAUCAAGAAGAUGAGGUUCAAAUGCAAAAUUGCAGUUUUUGAAAGAAAAAGAGAAAAGGAGAAUUUUGGCGAAGAGAUCUUAAAGGAAUGAGAAGGCGAUGUACUUGUUAAUAGUUGUCACCAAGUAGAAAGGAAACCUGAAAAUAACGAACAAUUGUAAAACAAAGAAUCUAAUAUUCUUAUUAAUUGUUGAAGUGUUUAGUGUAUUUAUGCCUUUUACUGGUUUACCUUAAGAUAGAAUAAUUUAUCUUACAAUCCAUUUCCAUGAUGUUUCAACAAAAUAGAUAUGUAAGGUUAGGAAGUAGCCUUAACACUUAAGGAAGCACAAGUUUAAUGUACAGAAUACUGUUGUAAUGAUGUUAUCAAUUCGUCUAGAGUGAACAGUGAAGGUGAAAGAAUACUGCUUUGGUCAAGAAACCUCUUAUUCAGUUAUUCAGUUUAUCCAUGUUUGCCUUGCAGCCUGUUAAAAUUAUCUUCACUGUCUCAAUUUAAUUUGCAUGUUGCAAGUUAGAAUUAACGUUGCUUUAAAUCAAAUCAAAACAGGUAGUUACUGAAGUGAGUAAAUUGGUAGGAAGUAAUUAACAAAAAUGCAUGUAAAGCUUGUAUUUUCUUAUUUAUUCCGGUCUCCAUGCUGUGUAUAUUCUACUAAUGAUUGUUCAGCGCUGCUGCCAACUGAUUGGUAAAAUCUUAAUAAUUAGUCCUUGCAAGAAUACAUAUUCUUCCUUCAGUUUAUUCACAUUUUGUGCAGAAACAAGAAACGGUUUUUUCUUUGCAUGUGUAAGAAAUGUCACAAUGAAGUUGCUUGUGUUUCUGUACGUAGCUUUUCUAAAUUGUAAAUAAUUUUCAUUAAGACUUAUGAUUUUUAACAUUUUAAUUGUCUUGUAAUAUAUGUAUUUGUAAAAUAUGUUGGGCGUACACUUGCAAUUUUUUAUUCCCACGAUAGUUUUUUUAACUGCUACUCAGACAAUGAAAGAAGAAAUAUAGGUAUCUUGAAAAGGAAAGACUCAAAAAUAAUGUCUUAUGGGGAAGUCUUAGGGAAGGAAGCCACUUUAGGCUUGGAUGUUUUUGCAUUCUGAUUCAGCAAAGCACUUCAGGACAUACUAAAAUUUAAGUACAUUUGACUUGAAUUGAAAUCAGAAGUAUUGGAUAUUUGUGUUUUUGUACUUUCUGGGAUUUAGUAGGCCACAGAAACUAUCCUUCAUCAAAUUAAUUAGUCAAAGUCACACUGUGAUAGUGAGCUGUGACUUAGAAAAGAGGAGAGGGGGAAAAAAAAAAGAAAAAGCAAAACUUCUAGCUAAUGCCUUUGGGCCAGUAGAGCAAAUAAUACUUAGGAGUAAGCUUUGAUGUCUGAUAUCUUUGAAUAGAAUUAGUAGAAAAUUAUGUCUCUUUGGUGUUUCAGAAUUGGAACACAUUUAUUAAAGGGAGAAAGUUUGGCAAUAUAAAUCCUUAAUUAAAAGUGAAUAAUUUGAAGUGGAUUAUUGCUUUCAUUAAUGCUUACUUAAUUUGCUAUUGGGUGAUGUAAUAUCUAUGCCUGAA